CCCUCCGACCAGCAGGCCGCGCUGUUCGCCUCCGCCGCUUCGCUCUCCUCGACGCGGAACUGUCCGUCCCUCCGCGGCCCCUGGAUGUGUCCGCUGCGGCCUCUCCCGCUCUCUUUGUCGGCAGGAAAGCAGCGAGAUGUGCGCGUGUGUGCAGCUGCUGCGGGUGACGGUCCACGAGCGGAUCCUCGCGGCCGCUGAAGACUUUCUGCUGCAGCUGGAGAAAGGAUCAGCGGCAGCAGCAGAAGAAGAAGAGGCGUCAGAAAGGCCGCUGAGAGCGCUGCUCACCGAGCGGCUCGCCGCGGCCGCGGAGGACAUCAUCGUUCUGUUGGAGGAAACUGUGGCGGAGUACGAAGACAGAGCUGCGCGCUCAGAGCGAGAGGUCUGCCGCCAGAGGAGGCUGCUCGAGGCCGUGCUGGAGCCGGAGGUCAGGCUGCACAGAGCGGAGUCUCUGCAGAAGAAGAGAGAACGCCAAGAGUCUCGUGUCGGCUCCGUGUCUGAAGCCCAACGUGUUGACAGCGAAGCGUCCUCCCCCUCCUCCUGCCCCCCCGCAGACUCUCCGCCCGCCUCCCCGAGCAGCGACAGUGAUGAUGACAGCUGGACCAAUCAGAGCGGCGCUGCGACGCCUCAUGAGAGGAGGAGGAGAGGACGCCCGCCGCUCGCCGUCACACGGAACAAACAGUUUCUGCAGAAGAAGAGAGGCCGCCCGUCGCUCGCCGUGUCACUUGACCAUCAGAAGCGUAAACGGCCGCCAGCAGCGCCGCAGAGCUUCAGCUGCCACGUGUGUCAGCGCUCGCUGCCGGGGAAAGGCUUCCUGCUGCGACACGUCCUGCAGGCCUGCGCCGGGGACGCAGCCGCCGCCCGCUGCGGCUUCUGCGGCGAGCGUCUGAGCUCGGCGGCGGCGUUGGCCGCUCACCUGCAGACGCACCGCGAGGGCUGCAGAACCUGCCCGUUCUGCGGGAAACGCUUCGGCUCCAUCCUGGCGCGGGAGCUGCACGAGCGCCGACACACGGGAGAGAAACCCUUCAGCUGCGACGUGUGCAGCAGGACGUUCAGCCAGAAGGGGAACCUGGCGUCGCACGCCCGCGUGCACGCCGCCCAGAAGCCGUUCACGUGCACAGAGUGCGGCCGCGGCUUCUGCCACCGCACGUCGCUUGAGCGCCACGCGCGAGCGCACGGCGGCCAGGACGUGCACGCCUGCAGCGUGUGCGGCGAGGAGUUCAGUCAGCGACGCGGCCUGCGGAGACACGUGGCGACGCAUCGGCAGGAGGACGACGUGGCGGCCGCCAUCGGGCCACAGAAACUCCAGCGCUGCAGAGUCUGCGGCGACGCCUACCGGAAGAGGAGCGCGCUGCUGAAACACGCCGAGACACACCUGCAGGACGCCGACUCCGGCUGCCUCUGCGGUCUCUGUGGCCAUCAGUACGAGUCGGCGGCCGCCCUCUCCGCCCACCUUCUGUCCCACGCCGAGUUCUCCAACACGUGUCACGUGUGCGGGAAGAGUUUCCCGGCUGCCGCGGCGCUGCUGAUGCACCUGCGCGUCCACAGCGGCGAGAAGCCGUUCGGCUGCAGCGUCUGCGGGAAACGCUUCAACCAGAGCGGCAACCUGAAGACGCACCUGCGCGUCCACAGCGGCGAGAAGCCGUUUGGCUGCGGCGUCUGCGGCAAACGCUUCACGCAGAAACAGACACUGCGCACGCACGAACGCUUCCACAAUAAGGAGCGCCGCUUCCUGUGCCAGGUGUGCGGGAAGGGCUUCAUGCAGGAAGUGGACCUGAAGAGACACAUCCUGAUCCACACCGGCGAGAAGCCGUAUGCCUGCCGGCUCUGCGGAAAACGCUUCCAGGCCAAACGCUCGCUUAACGGACACCUCAAAGUCCACGCGGACGCCAGCGGCGAGGCGGGAACACCGGCCAGCGGCGAGGCGGGAGAUUGGGUCAGCGGCGAGGCGGCCAGCGGCGAGGCGGGAGCAGCGGGGGAUCAGAGCGGCGAGCUGCAGAGGACGGACGCCUUCUACUCGGGAUUCAUCCAGCUGUAAACGCUGCCAGAGACCAAUGACUCACAGACUGGCCCUUCAAAAUAAGAGUCUCUGUUUCCACUGGCCUUUCAAAAUAAAAGU